AUGUCCGACGCGGAAGACGACUACAUGUCCAUGGUCAUUGAGGAACCUACUCAGAAAGAAACUUUUACCCAGCGCAAGAAGCGCGAACAGCGCGAGGUGAGAUGCUUUCUCUUCCCAUCUCCUCCCCCAAAAGUUGAACCAAAUGCCUAUUCUUCCUCGCCAUCCAUUGGAGUUCUCCACAAUAGCCCAUUUACAUCAGUGCCCACCCCCUUUGGCCGACACGAUUCACUAAUACAUCUCCAUCUCACCAUCCCACAGGCCGAAGCCCGCGCACGCGUUCCCUCCAAAGCCGAACGUGCCGCCCAAGAAGCCGCCCGCCGCGAUGAAGCCCUCGCCAAAAGCACCCUGGACCCUACCAACAAGGGUUUCCAGAUGAUGGCCAGGCUCGGCUUCAAACCGGGCCAAACACUCGGAAAGAAGCCACAUCCUUCCAACCCCAGCACGACAGAAUCGACCCCAACGAUCCCCGGAUCCCCAUCCCCAUCCCCAUUCGCACCACCGGGGCAAGUCCCCGCCGCGCGCACCGAGCCAUUAAACCUCAUCUUCAAGGAAGGCCGUGGGGGGAUCGGUCUGGACAGUGAAAAGAAACGGAAAAUUCGCGAACAGGCGGAAGAAGCGACCAAGAAGAUGAAAACGGAAGAAGGUGAUUAUCGAGAUCGUGUGCGAGAAGAGCGCGAGACAAGGCGCGCAGAGGCGCAAGUGCGCGCUGCGCAAAAAGUGGCGGAGAGGUUGGAUGCCGAGAUGGAGAAUUCGGAGAGUGAGGGGGUCGGGCAGGAUGAUGCAUUGCGGGUUGGGAGUUGCGUUGAAGAGAGAUCAUCUUCCUCUCCAGACGAUACACAACCAUGCCAAAAGAAAAAGCAGGCCCAUCAUCAACCAACCUCUCAGAUCAAUGUUCUCUACCGGGGUCUUGUGCGCGAGCGCGAAGAACGUGAACGUUCCGUUCAAGCCCGACAUACCCUCGAAACAUCCCUGCCAUCGUCGUUUUUCCCCCGCGCAAAACUUCCGGGCUACUCGGAUGCGACUCUCGAUGAGGACGAUCAACAGGCCCUCGGGACGAGAGAUCCCUACACAGCCAUUGUGGAACAGGAAGUUGAAGAGGAAGAUCCCGAGUUGGAUGCAUUUAAUGCCCUGGCUCCGACGGAGCGGCUGCAUAAGCUGGUGCUUUAUCUUCGGGAUAGGUAUCGCUAUUGCUUCUGGUGUAAAUAUCAGUAUUGGACCGAUGAGGAGUUGGAAGGGUGUCCGGGGUUGACGGAAGAGGAUCACGAUUGA